AUGAUAGAGCUGUAUGUUGAGUUUGCACAGCAGUUAGGGCUGGGCGCAGUCGGCGAGGAGGUCAAUGUUGAUGAGCUCGGGGAUAUAGAUUGGGAAGAAGAUAAUAAUGACAGUGAAGAGGAGUUCGAAGCCAACUAUGAAGUUGAUGACGAAAAUGAUGACGGAGACUUGGCAGGCAAUUCGACGGUGCAAAAUGAAGCAGAUGCGAUUUGUUUAUUUUAUUUGCCUUAUCUGACUGAUGGUGGUGCGCAUGUCGUAGGUGAAGGCAACGCUCCGGUAGAAGAUGGCGAGUUUAGUGUCGGAAUGGAAUUUGGUUCAAGUGAGUCGGUGAUAUCUGCAAUCAAAAGCUACACUAUCUCUAGAGGAGUUGAUUACACUGUGUAUGAGUCUGAGCCGCGGACAUUCUAUGGGAAAUGUAAGGAGUAUGGUGAAGGGUUCAACUACACGGUGAGUUACCGCAAGGCUUGGUUGGCAAAGCAGAAAGCUAUCGCAAAAGGUUUUGGUGAUUGGAAAGUUUCUUACCGAACUCUGCCAGUAUGGUUGAAAGCAGUGACUAUGAAGAUACCGAGGUCUCGUGUUCAAAUAAAAACGCUCCCCGUUUACCGUGAGAGUGAGGAGGUUCAAGGUGUUGAUGGCACACAUCUGUACGGAAAAUAUAAAGGUGCACUUCUGGUUGCGGUUGCACAAGAUGGAAACCAAAACAUUGUGCCUAUUGCAUUUGUGAUAGUCGAGGGCGAGACGGCAGACGCAUGGGAGUUUUUUCUAACCAAUUUGUGGAGAUAUGUUGUUACCGUUGAUGGUGUGGAUAUUAUUUCUGACUGCCAUACCUCCAUCGAUGCUGCAAUAGCUCGCAGUAAUGGUGUAUGGUCACCACUAAGAGCGUGGCACAUGUACUGCAUCAGACAUAUUGGGUCCAACUUCUUAAGGAGGUUCAAGGCUCCGUAUUUGCAUAAACUCGUGAGGCUUAAAGAGAGGGGUGAGGCGUAUACUCAAUGGUGCGAAGACAUCAGUGUUGAGAGAUGGGUGUUGGCAUUCGAUAGAGGUCAUCAUUGGGGACAUAUGAUGACAAACUUGGUAGAGUGCAUAAAUUCUGUCCUGAAGGCUGCACGCAACCUUCCUGUGACUGCCAUUGUUAGGUCUACUUUCUAUCGGAUGAAUGAAUUGUUUACUCAAAAGAUCGUCGAAGCUCAUGAGCGUGUCUGCAACGGAUUCACGUAUACAGAAUUUGCACGAAGAGAGUUGAAGAAAGCUUUCGACAUGCAGGAAACAUUGUUGUCAACCGGUUUGACAGGCGAAAUGAGAUGUUUGAGAUUCGCAAAAUGCAAGAUGCAUCUUGAUUGGCAAGUAUAUGUGCACGACGUGUACAAGAUGUCUGAAAUUUGCAAGGUGUACAGAGGCGAGUUUAUUCCGAUGGGUGACCCAUCUACGUGGGAUAUAUAUGAAGGAGCGAAGGUAAUCGCCAACUAUACAUUGAGGCGCGCGACAAAAGGAAGACUGAAGUCAACUCGCUACUUAAAUGAGAUGGAUUCGCGGGAUAUACGUGAUCAUCGCCGGUGUACUGUAUGUGGACGCAAGGGACAUAGCCGCAGCCGAUGUCCUCAUCGCGCAGGUCCAAGCACUGCUGGAGGUCAUUAG